AUGGGAAGGUGCUCGAACCCUCUCUCAUUUUCUUCCGUUGCUUUUCCCUUUCGCCUGCUCUCUAGUUUCUCUCUGCUUUUCUCCCUGUUCAAUCUUCGUGUUUCCUUGCUUACCUCUCUUCCAUUUUCUUCCGUCGCUUUUCCCUUUCUCUUCCUCUCUGUUUCCGUGCUUUUCUCCCUGCGUCAAUCCUUCGUGUUUCCCUGCUUCUCUCUCUGCGUCGAUCGUGUGUCGUAUGAAGAGUUUCUUUUCCGGGUGAUUGCACUGUUUCAGUGGUUAAAGAAGAGUAGAAGAAACGUUCUGUUUAUUCCUCCAGAAAAGAUUAAGAAAGUUGGUGGUCACAAAUCAACUGACUCAACUUUAUAUCAACAUUGGAGCAUGCCUUACAAGUGUAAAUCAACUUUUUUAUUCUAUUUUAUAGAAUGAAUUAAGUUCUGAAGUUUAUAUAUUCUGAAACCGUGUUCGUCAC